CAAAGCUCAUCAGCAGCCUCUCUCUCUGGCUGUGUGUUUCUGUCUGUAUCUAAUUCUUUCUCUCUCUCUCUGAGCCAACAGGUUGCAGCAGCUUCACCCCCACCCCCAACACUCAUCCUAAACUUUUCUGCAGAGCCCAGGAAGGAAAAUCUAUGUCAUUCAUCCACUCUUCCACACCUCUAUCACACAGACAUACAGAUACGCUGGUUCUCAUUUAGUCAGUCAUCUCUUUUAACCGCCUCUACAAGGAUACAAUCUCAAUUCCAGAUUUGUUUUUGUCUGAAUUGGAUUAAACAUUUUUUUUGUGUGUAUUUUUAGGGGUUAUUUUUUUCUCCCCUCUUGACCCUCAAGAAGCCACCUGGAUUGGGAAGAUAAUGACUUGUCAGCAGUGAUAGCAGAGAGGAAGAGUUGGAAUUGAUGGUUGUGGAGCGGAAUUUAAGAAGUGGAUUUGUGAAGAGAAGAAGUGGGGAGGGGGAGCAGGUGAUCGAAGGAGGAAGAAGAGGCGAGGAAGAGUAUGGGCGGCUCUUCUGUGUGGAUCUUUCUGCUGUCCCUUUCUCUCUCUCAUCAGAGCGUUACAGCACAAGCUGAAGCAUGUAGGACGGUGGUGCAGGCGGACAUAGUGUUUCUUCUGGAUGAGUCAUGGAGUGUGGGUCAGACCAGCUUCUCCAGAGUCAAAGACUUCAUCUCAGCCAUCAUCUCCUCCUUUCAGGACAGUGUGGUGGGAGCUGAGGGGGUCCGCUUUGGAGUCACUGUCUUUGGGGAUGUUUCAAGGAUGCGGGUUGCUUUGACAGACUACAGUUCACUUGAGGAGGUCCUCAGAGCAAUCCGUGAUCUUCCCUAUGAGGGUGGAUCCAGGAGAAUCGGCACUGCCCUUCAGUUUCUGGUCGACUCUGUUUUCAGCCCCGUCAUCAGUCGAGAUUUUGCCCCAAAGAUUGCUGUUUUGAUCACAAAUGGACGCUCGGACGACCAGGUGGAUGCUGCAGUCAGAGCAGUAGCUGACAAUGGAAUUUCUCUCUAUGCAGUAGGCAUUAGAGGAGCUGAUGAGUCAGAACUGAGGAGGAUCGUGUCAGAACCAUAUGAGGAGCAUCUGCUGGUGGGCGCUGAGUUCUCUCUCCUGGACACCAUCCUUCCCAAACUGUCCCGCAGAGUGUGUUUUACUGCCUCCGAACCACCACGUCCUGUGAAAACUUCCCAGCCCACUGAAGAGCGGGUGGUUGGACCCAGAGACCUGCAGAUUAGUGAACUGGCCCACAGUUCCCUCAGACUUACAUGGAGCCAGGCAACAGGUGACGUCACUGGAUAUCGCCUCCUGGUCGCUCCUCUCAACUCCAAGGGACACCUCCUCCCUCUGCAGCAGAGGCAGAUGGAUCUGAAGGCAGAUGUGAGCACAGCAGUGGUGACAGAGUUGAGUCCUAAAACAGACUAUUCCCUCACAGUGUAUGCCAUCUACCCGAGCCUCAUAGGAGACUCUGCGACAAUCACCGUCAAGACGACCCCUUUGCCCCAAGUGUCAAACUUCCGUGUUAUUGAGGAGGGUCUGUUCUCUCUGCGCCUUGGUUGGACACCUCCUCUAGGGAAGCUCAGUGGAUUCAAGAUCUUCAUCCCAAGAUCCAGCAGACCAGGAUUAACUUAUGAGCAGCUGCUUCCUGGAGACACUUCUUCUCAUGUGAUUGACAGCCUGGAGGAGGAUAAGAAGUACACGAUCAGUAUUUACGCUGUUUACCCCCAAGGACCGAGCGAGCCGGUUUCAUUAGUGGGCAAGACAUUAAAGUUGGUACCAGUUCAGCAGUUCCUGGUGCAGAACGCCACUACAGACACUGUCCAAGCCAGGUGGGCAUCUGUCAGAGGUGCUACAGGAUACAGACUGACGUGGGCAUCCCCAGAUGGCCACAUAGAGAACAUAAACCUCGGGGACACCUUUAACUUCUACAUGAUUCAGGGCCUCCACGCCGGCUCUGAGUACACCAUCACCAUCAACCCCAUCUUUGGAGACAUCGAGGGGCCUGUCAUCACCACCAAAGCCAAGACAUUGGAGAGUAGUGCAGUUCAGACUCUGAAGGUUUCUGCUGUGAGCACCAGUACUGCUGUCAUCUCAUGGAACAGUGUCCCCGGGGCCACAGGCUACCGACUGGCAUGGGGACCCACCCCAGAGUUUGUGGGUCGGGAUCGUCCCAGGCAGUUGGCUCUGAACAGCAGCACCACCGAGUACCAGCUGAAGAAUGUAGCUCAUGAUACGGAGUACGUCCUGAGUCUGUAUGUGCUGUUUGGAUCUGUGGUGGGGCCUGGUAUCAGCGCUACCUUCAGAACCUCUCCUUUGGGCUACGUGUCCAACUUCAAGGUAACAUCCUACACCAGUACCUCUAUAGAUGUGGAGUGGAGUCCCAUUGUUGGAGCGACCGAGUACAAACUCUCUUGGAACACAGAUGAUGGCAAACCCCAGUCCCAAUACCUGGAUCGCAGCAUCCUCUUCCACCAUAUCAAAGACCUGAACCCACAGUCCACCUACAUAGUCACCAUCCGUGCAGUUUACGGCAACUCGGAGGGACCAGAUAUCUCCUUGUCUCAACUCACAGCUGCAGUUUCGGACUCAGAGCCUGUCCAGGCAGUGAGAGAGGUGAAGGUUGUGGAUAUCGGGGUCAAUUCCUUCACUCUGUCCUGGAGGAGAACAGCCGGGGCUUCUGGGUACAAAAUCUCCUGGAUCCCCUUCCUUGGGGGGGAAGAGAAGUCCCAUGUGGUGUCAGCUGUUGCCACCACCUUCACCAUCCGCAACCUGAAAGAGAGUUCAGCCUAUAAGAUCCAGGUGUCGUCCAUGGUGGGCAGCAGGGAGGGAAGUGCAGUCCUGGUCACGGCACGCACAUUGGAUCUUCCAAAAGUGGAUGGAUUUGCUGCUCUGAAUACAACAGACAGCAGCACCGUUCUGAACUGGACCCGUGUGGCAGGAGUGUCUGGAUACCUUCUGUCCUGGAGGCACAUCUCAGUGUUGGAGACUAAAACAGAGAAACUGGGUCCUGGCUUCAACUCAUACAAGAUUGGUGAUCUUCUGUAUGGCAGAACCUACAUUUUCACCAUCAGACCUUUGUAUGGAGAAGUGGAGGGACCUAUAAGCACCGUGUACCAGAGAAUUUUGGGACAAGAUCACCCUGUUAUAGCAGUCCAGCCUGUGCCGGCCACAGCGGCCCCUCAUAUCACGACUGCCUCCCGCACCGCCUCCAUCAUCAACACCACCAUUGUGCAAUCAACCACCAGGACCACCCGACAUCCCGUCACCGUGCCACCAACGAAGUCUGUAAUAACCAAGAAGCCUCCAGCUCAGCCAAAAGUCACUGAAGCCAAAGUUGCAGCAGCCACCUCCCCACGAUUAUCCACACUGAGCACAGAGACAACAAUUCAGCCACGACCAGUAUGUGCACAGACCAAAGCAGACAUAGUAUUUUUAGUGGAUGAGUCAUCGAGCAUCGGCGCCAACAACUUCAUCAAGAUGAAAGACUUCAUAUUCCGAGUGGCCACUUACUUCCCUGUUAUCGGGCCGCAGGGCACACAGUUAGCCGUGGUUCAUUACAGCGACGAGCCUCGAAUUGAAUUCCGUCUAAGUGACUUCAAAGACAGAAACUCUAUGCUCAGGGCUCUCAGAGCACUACGUUACCAAGGGGGCAACACAAAAACAGGAAAAGGCAUCAGCUAUGUCCUGCAGGAACUGUUCCAGGAGUCUCUGGGGAUGAGGCAGGAUGUGGCCCAUGUUCUGGUUCUGAUUACAGACGGCAGGGCACAGGAUAAUGUGUUGCCACCCUCCAGGAUUGCACGUGCUUUGGGAGUCAGCGUCCUGGCAGUUGGUGUUUCUAAUGCAGACAUGGAGGAGCUGAAUAAAAUAGCAGCACCCACCAGCUACAAGAAUAUUUUCUACUCGCCGACCUUUGAUGACUUCCCCUCCAUAGAAAGAGAAUUUAUCAGUAGCAUCUGUAGCGAGGAACUCCUGUCUGAGUUCAAACUAAAUGAUGAGUUUGCUCAGUUAGACACCCCAACUGAUGACCCAGAGGAGCUGCUUAAGCCUGAGGGUCCCUGCUCCUCACAGUGUGUGAAGGGCCAGAAAGGGGAAAAGGGAGAUGGUUUUGGUGUUGGAGGUCUGAAAUUCAGGCAAAGUCCAGGACAAUAUGAUCCUUUCACAUCUUCCAAAGGAGAGAAAGGAGAGAGGGGGCCUCCUGGAACAGAUGGUAUUCCUGGGUUGCCAGGACGACCAGGAAGAACUGGACCCCCGGGUUCUGCUGGCCAGCGGGGCCCUCCAGGCGUCCCAGGUGACAUGGGUCUUCCUGGACGCACUGGUCCGAAGGGACAAAGAGGAGAAAGAGGAGAGCCUGGAUACGUCAUAGCCGGCACUGAUGCUAAUUUUGUGCCUGGACGAAAAGGAGAACCGGGAUCUUCAGGUCCUCAGGGGCCUCCGGGUGUAUCGGGGGUCAACGGAUCUCCAGGCCUGCCUGGCCAGCCAGGACCACCAGGGUCACCAGGAACACCUAUUAAAGGAGAUCCUGGAGAGCCGGGAGCUAAAGGUUUACGUGGGAAGCAAGGCGCAAAAGGAGACAAAGGAGAGCCGGGAAAAGAUGGUAUUGCAGGUUUGCCUGGUCCCAUUGGCAUCGACGGGGUACCAGGACUACCAGGUCAGAAAGGAGAGAAGGGUGAAGAAGGAAUUGGCAUACAAGGUAUUCAAGGUCCGCGUGGAGAACCAGGAGAGAAGGGAAAUAUUGGCUUAAUAGGACCAGUCGGCCCAAAGGGUGAGCGUGGAGAGCAGGGCAUCCAGGGAAUCAUCGGACCUCGGGGGAAAAAGGGAUUCAAAGGGGAGCAAGGGGACAAGGGAGAACAAGGAGAGAUGGGACCAACAGGCCCACAAGGACCAACCGGACUGACGGGGCCGAUGGGGUUAAAAGGAGAUGAAGGUCCAAGAGGAAUCCCUGGAGAUCCUGCCAAGGGAAUAAUUGGUCCAACUGGAAAAAAGGGCGCAAGGGGAGACAUCGGUCCAGUUGGUCCAACAGGCCCUCAGGGAAUAAAGGGAGAACGAGGAGAUAAAGGAGAAAAGGGUAGUCCUGGUUUUGGGAUUCCAGGACAGCAGGGACCGAAGGGAGAAAACGGCGAGAGAGGAAAUGUUGGUUUAUCUGGAAAACCAGGACCAAAGGGGCAGGAUGGCUCUAAAGGUGACAAAGGGAGUAUUGGCUUCCCUGGCAAUCCUGGAGAACCAGGAUUAAGAGGUAAAGAUGGUGUGUCUGGAACUAAAGGAGAACAAGGAAUUAAGGGUGAACUGGGACCAGCUGGAGAACCUGGUGACAGAGGAAUCAGGGGUCCACUGGGGUUACCAGGACGACCAGGGGACCCUGGAGAAAAAGGCGACUUUGGGAAGCCUGGUCUGCCUGGCACUGAGGGGAACAAAGGUGACAAAGGAGAGCCGGGAAAACCUGGACCUCCGGGAACACAAAUUAUUACAGACAACAACAUACUGACCAGAGUGAUUAAGGGAGAGCCUGGUCAGCCUGGUGUGAGAGGAGAAACUGGUCUACCUGGGCCAAGAGGUCCAGAAGGAAAACCUGGAUUACCAGGAUCAUCUCUCGGUGGUUCAGGAAGAGAUGGACUUGAUGGUUUACCAGGAAAACCAGGAAUGAAGGGUGAUGAAGGGCCAAAAGGAGAACCUGGUGUGAAAGGAGAUAAAGGAGACCAGGGCCGGAUCGGGAUUGCUGGGAUGCCUGGUUUACCGGGAACUCCUGGGAGACCUGGCAUUGAUGGGAAGAGAGGCCUGCCAGGAAAAGAUGGAGAAAGGGGACUCAAAGGAGAUGACGGCAAUAAGGGGGACAAAGGAGAUGCAGGUGCAAACGGUAAAGACGGCAUUAAGGGGGAACCAGGACCUCCAGGUUUGCCUGGUAGGCAAGUGCUUGUCACUUCUGAGGGCGCUACCGUUGAUGAAAUCCGACAAGCAUUUCCAGUCCCAAUGGGUCCUCCAGGAGCCACUGGUUCUCCAGGAGUAAAGGGUGACAAAGGAGAAAGAGGGCUGAAAGGAGAGAAGGGGGAUCAUGGAGCUCCUGGAAAAUCUCUUGAAAUGAAGGACAUCGAAGUGAUGUUUGAAACCUAUGGCAUAAGGCUACCUUUGCUGAAGGCUUUGAUUGACAGGCUGCUGCAGGAUGGCAUAGAGGAGCUGCUUCAUGUCCUCAGCACCUCCAAGAAAACAAAAGAAAACACAGGGACUCCAACCUCCAACAUCAUCACCGAGUACACAAGUUCUGGGAAGUUUGACCUCACUAGUCAGCCAUUGGACACAAUUGAGGACCCUGACUUAGAAGGCUAUCCACCUGAAUCUUUGUCAGCUGAUCUUUUAAAUGAAACUGCAGAGGGUCCUACUUUAUGGAGCGUCACCACACUGAAAGGAGAGUUCAACACGAUAGAGACCAAACGGAAGCAGAUAGUAGACCGGGACAGUGACAAAAUGCCUUCUCUCAAAAUUAAUUUCCCUGUAGUUAAUUCUACUUUCAAUUACACUACAACCGAGGAGACGGUUUCAGGCUUACCUGAAACUGUGGUGGAGACUGUUCUCCUCACUCAGGAAGACUCACUGAAGAAGAAUUCAGGAGCAAAGAAGAAGAACAGGGAACGUGGGAAAGGCAAAGGAAAUAAAGGACGACAUAAGAGGCAGAGACAACGCCUGACAAGUGAAGAGGACAAGGGAGAAGAGGAAGAGGAGUUUUAUAACGGCGAAGAAUACAAUUAUGAAUACGAGGAAGAAGUUUCCCCAGAUGACCCUCCCGUCUCCAAGGACAGAAGAGAGAACCGACAGCUUGAAGUCCAGACAGAUGAAAUCCCCCAUCAAGUGGAUGAAAAGGAGGAACAGUUACCCACACACAAUCCUGCCCAGUUAGAAACCUCCAGUCCUCCUGUUACUUUGUUCUCAGACAGAGAAACAGACACACAGGUCAUCUCAACAACAACAGAGCCACAAUCUCAACCCACGGAUGAUAUAGAGGAGCAUGAAGUGUCACUGCAGACACCUCCGGUUGCAACAGAAGAACCAGAUAAGGUGCCUCGACUUCAAAUGAGGGUGAAAAGAGGCACCUCCUGGACCGACUCCAUGGUACUCAUGCCAGGUGUCCAGGGUGGAAGAAAUCGCUUUAAGGCAGCACAAAACCAUGUGUCCUCUGGAGCCCGAGGUUACAGCAGUUGGAAUAAUGCCAAGCAAGAAAAUCCUGACCUUCAAAUGCAUAUCAGGAGAGAGAGGCAAGAAAUCAGAGAGAGACAGAGAUACAGUGAUGCAGGAAGAGAGCUCCAUAAAGAAAUACAAGGUGGAGAUGAAGAGCCGACAAUAGCUGAAGAAGUGGAAGACUGGGAGAUUGAAAACAAGAAAGAAGUAGCGCCAGGCGGAUAUGCAGAAACAGGCCCUGAUCCAGACUAUGAAGAAGAGGAGAGGAGUGGGGAUUAUGACUGGGAGACAGACGAAGAUGUGGAUCGAGAGAAGGAAGAGGGGGAGGACCUGGAGAGGGAGAGAGAGAGAGAGGAGCUGGAGAAGGAGAGAGAACAAAUGGAGAGGGAGAGAACCAAUCAGGAGGGAGGGAGAGACCUGGAGAGAGAGAGGGAGGAAUGGGAGAGGAGGAGGGAGGAGAUGGAGAGGGGGAGAGAGGGCCAUUAUGAUGAGGAAGCUGGACAGCCAUAUCCAUAUCCUCCAGAUUACUUCUUCCUGAAGGGACAACCAGGUGAAAGUGGGAAACCUGGAAUAAAGGGUGAAAUUGGUGAAAAGGGACAAAAGGGAGAGCCAGGCAUUGGCCACAGAGGGCCAGAGGGUCAGGCUGGUCCUCCAGGACAGAAGGGUGAACCAGGUGAGCCAGGACCUCCAGGUGCUCAGGGCAUCCAGGGUAUCCGUGGCAACGCAGGCAUUCAGGGCUCCCCGGGGUUUAGAGGUCCUCCAGGAGACCCAGGAGAACCAGGGAGAGAGGGUGAGAGAGGUAAAAGAGGGAAGAGUGGAUCACCAGGAGCUCCUGGACCUCAAGGAUCGCCAGGACCUCAUGGUCUUCCUGGUCUUCCUGGAGCAAAAGGAGAAAAGGGUGACAGCAUUCCAGGUGAGCCUGGUGCCAGGGGUGUGGCUGGCCUCCUAGGGAGGAGGGGUGAAAGAGGUCCUCCAGGUAUUAAAGGAACUCCAGGAAACAUAGGUCCAAAAGGCUUGCGUGGCAGCAAAGGUGAAAAGGGAGACCGUGGCUUACCUGGAAUCAGAGGAGAAAGGGGGAGUGUGCUUCAAAUCCAAGGACCUCGUGGAUUUAAGGGUUCCAAGGGGGAUGCGGGUGAGCGAGGUCCACCAGGUUUUGAUGGGGAUAAAGGAGAAAAGGGUGAAGAUGGUCCACCUGGUGUCAAGGGCCUAAAGGGAGAUGCAGGAACUAAGGGUGCAUUGGGACGUUUUGGAGCACGAGGGCCAGUAGGCCAGAAGGGAGACCCAGGAGAGCCAGGGCUCAACGGAGUGAUGGGCCGCACUGGGGAUCAUGGAGUGGAUGGGGCCAAAGGAGACAAAGGGGACAAUGGACUAGUCGGCCAGAAGGGCAAUCAAGGGGAUCCAGGAGAACCCGGCUUACCAGGAGACAAAGGCGAGAAGGGAGAGAAGGGUUUCAGAGGUUUUCCUGGACGUAUUGGGAGUCUCGGUCUGGAUGGAGAAAAGGGAGACAUGGGGCUACACGGCACUCCGGGUAUACCUGGACUGAAUGGACUCACGGGGCGGAAGGGUGAUAAGGGACAAGGAGGAAUCAAUGGUGUUGAUGGUGUUUCAGGAGUCAAAGGGGAAAAGGGUGUAGGAGGAUUCCCAGGUUUCCCUGGGUUUAAAGGGUUGGCAGGAAGUCCAGGAAGGGAUGGAGAUGAAGGACCACCAGGGCCACCAGGUCCUCGUGGGGAUGCAGGGCCAAAGGGAGAGAGAGGCAGAAGAGGUCGAUUGAAGCCAUGUCAGAGGGGAGCACCAGGGACGCCAGGACAAAGAGGAGAGACUGGUACAGUUGGUGUUGAAGGAGCAAAAGGGGAGAAAGGGGAGCCUGGACUCUCUGCUGACAAAGUGAAGGAGCUCGUCACCCAGGAGGUGGUAGAGAAGUGCGGGUUGGAAUACAAGUUCAUGGUAAAGUCUGUGGAUCCAGAUGCCACAAUUGCAGUGAAUGAAAAAGAAAAUGAGCCCGAAGAUGCACCAACAGCCACAACUCGCGACAAAGAAGGUGAAGAAGUGGAAGAGGAAAACAUCAGAGAGGUGACAAGUCCUGCGCCUGUGAUCCUUGGAGAAGAAGAGAUCCUACCAAACAGCACUGCUUAUUCCAUCUCUCUGGAUAUGUGACCAACCAGGAGUGUCAAGAGCCACAAGGUGUCAAGUGCUCAGAGACGAGGAUAAAGGGUAAAGAAGGUUGAAAGUCCAGGUGUAAAGAUUUAGCUGAGAAAUACAUGAAGACGGAUCUUUCAAAGGUUUUACGGACAGAUGAAAUGAGAGUGAUUCCCGAUGGAACAGAUGGACGGACCCCGGCUGGAUCAGGAGUGGACACAGGGCAGCAGGUGGCAGCAAGGUGGAGGAGGGUUACUGGGCUGCUGUCAGGAAGAAAGACCAGCUCGGACCUUUUCAGGCUGAAGAUGGACUGAAAAUCAAUUCCUAAACCUGCAGGUAGUUUCUUGAAGAUAUAUUUUUCAAACAGAGGAACAGAGAGAAGUCUGCAACACUUAAAAAGGCCAUGAUCUUCAUGCAGGACAAUAUCACAUGCAUCACUGCUUUAGUUCCAACUAAGGCCUCAAAGAUGACUGAAUAAUGACCUUUACCCUCCUCCUUACCUGGCUUAAAUCUAAUUGUGAACUUGUGGGCUUGUGGCUGUUAAUCAUAGAUUAUUAUAUUGGUCAUAGAAUACUUCUGAGAGCCCCAAUAUGUCAUUUAUUUGUCAUUUCGUGUCACUUAUUUGUUACACUUAUGUUGAAAAUUGAAUAUAAACUAGUGAGGUGAGAAAAAUCCCUUGUCUAAUUUAGCUGUAUGAUAAGUCGCACAAUUUCUGCACACUUGGGAAAGACAAACCUCCGUUUGCGUGGUUCAGGUUUGAGGUUUAAUGACAUAUCUUAUUGACUGACAACAUUGUAUUUGUUCAACAAUAAAAUCUAAUCCAGAGGAAUACAAUACUAGUAAUUGUGCAUGCAGUGUAGAGUGCUGCUGUUACCAAGGUCAUCAGCAUCACCACAUAAAAGCAGCCAGAAAGUAAAAGAAAGGGUCAGCUUGUAUCAACAAAUCACAGCCAUCAUGAAGCUCAUUAGUGAAACAGCUCCAGGCAGAAAUCGCCUUCUGCAUCCCAAAUUAUUGUCAUUCUUGCUCCAGGUAAAUAAAGCAGACGACUAAUCAAAGCAGGCUGUCAUUGCCUGGUGUCAAUGUCAGCUCGGUUAUUUAUAAGUUCCAAUCAUUAGAUGUGUAACGGUGAUAUUUAGCUCUUUCUUUGCUCAGAAUAAUGACUGCGUUCAAACACAGUGGGCCACAGUUCAAUAUAUGCACUUUAAUUUGAAGACUUCAAAAGAGUUGAUUGAAAAUUGACACUUGUAGCAGCCUCUGCAGUGUGUUUAAUCGUCUGUGCUGUUACAAGAAAGUUAUGGCAUAACAGCAGAAAAAGUAAGAUGUGAAGUGUCAAUUUAGCACACUCUUAUAUCAACUGGUCUCACUGGAGGAGUUAUUUUGUGCUUCUUCCUUCUGCUUGCACUUCAAUCAAUCCAAACAAACACGGAACCCUGACACACUAGACUCACAUGUGUGUGCAGAAGGUCAGAGGCUCAAAACUCUGCAUAAGAAAAGAAUAACAUUUAGUGAAAUUGUUUUCUUUAACCCACUGGUGUCAAACUCAUUUUAGUCCAGGAGCCACAUUCAGCCCAAUUUGAUCUCAAGUGGGCCGGACCAGUAAAACCACAACAUAAUAACCUAUAAAUAAUGACAACUUUCCUGUAUUUUAGUGCAAAAAAGUUCACAGUGUUCUUUCAAAGACACAACACAUUUAGUCACAGAUACCUGGAACUGAACGAUAUAGCAUUUUACUUCAUGAUCAAAAUGACAAAAGCCAGACAAAAAAAAGACAAAAAAACAACAAAAACAUGACAAGAUAUUACAAAAAGAGAUGAAAAUGACAACAACCAGACACAGAACGACGAAAAAUGAGACAAACGACACGGAACAAAACAGAGACAAAAAAAUUAGACAAAAAUGGAUAAAUGACAAAAAAAUUAGACAAAAAAUUAUACAAAUAUCACAAACAAGACCAAAAAAUGCCAAAAGUGAGAAACAAAAUGAUAAAGAAGUAGACGAACAACACAAGCAAGACAAAAAAAAACACAAAACGACACAAACGAUACACAAAACAACUAAUAAAGCAAAACACAAAAUGACAAAAAUAAGAGCGAAAAAACACAAGCGAGACAAAAAGGAAACACAAAACGACAAAAACGAGAAACAAAACAACAAAAACGUGAGACAAGCGACAAAAAUCAGUCAAGAAACAACAAAAACGAGACAAAAUAUUGCAAAGAUGAGACACAAAAUGACAAAAGAACAAUGAGCAAUAUACAGGGUGGGCCAUAAGUUUCCAUACAUAGAAAAAAUAAACAUUUUAUGUUGGACAGCCGUUUUUAUUUAUAUAAUGUGCUCUAUAUGAUUACCGUUGUUUCGAAAACACAUAUUAAUACGUGUUUUCCACUGAUGAUGAACUUGCAUUAGCACAGUUAAAGUUAUGCUUGUAAUGGCGUUGGUGAUACGUUUCUUUAGAUGAUUUAUGUCUCGUAUCUUCACCUGACACACCAUGGCCUUCAAGUGCCCCCAAAGAUAGCGUCAAAUGCAUCUUUUAGGGUAUCUGAAACAUAAAAAAUAUACAUUAUACAUUUUCCUAUUUAGGGAAACUUAUGGCCCACCCUGUAUUAUUUAAUUUAUGAUCAAAGCAACUUGUCAUGGUCGAGAAAUUAUUUUAAAUUCAUAGUUUUACAAAUUUACAAUUUGCAGUUAAUGUCUUUACACUUUACAAAGACGUCCUAUAGACUGUAUAUAAAGAUAUGAGUCGUCCCAGGGGCCGGAUUGGACCCUCUGGUGGGCACAUUUUGGCCCACAGGCCACAUGUUUGACACUCCUGCUUUAACCAGAUGCAGUAGCAUUUCCUUGUGCAGUAAAGUUCCAUAUUUUAUCUAUACAGUUGGUUAAAGAUCCCAUCCAGUCAGUUUUUUCCCCUUUAUUGUAAUAUGCUCAUAUGGUGUUUUUUUAUGCUAGAAGACGCAUCAUGAACAAAAUAAGCAGUCAACGCCACGGCUGAACUUUCCAGCUUUGAAACUACAGUGUACUGAUGAUCUGAAAAAUACAGAUUGAGACUUCUUGGGUUUCAUAUCUUGCAAACGUAACCAACAAAUCAAACAGUUACGGCUGAAUUACUCCAAAAUCACAACUAGCCAUUGUGUGGCAGGGCACAGUUUUACAGGGUUUGAGCAGAGUCAUAGGUGAGCUGGUGUGCUUGAGCUGCAGCUAAAAGCAGCGCUAUGGGUGGUGACAGAAGUAACAGCAUAGAGCUACAUCUGAACCAUUUCAACCCUCUGAACCCCAAAACCGGCCAGCAGAUAUAAAGGCAAAUAAAACAUAUUGAUGAAUAAAAUAAAUGUAUCAGGGCUCAGAAAUGGUGUGAAAACACUGGAUUGUAGAGACUGUAAAAAUAGGAAUAGUAAAAAUAUCUGUAGUAUUUGGAAGUAUCAUUUUUCACUGUAUUAGUAACAUCUAAACAUGUCCAUUCCAGGAUUUAUUUUAAUUUAUAGGAAAAAAAUUACCAAAAAAUGUAACUUCUUUUUUUUUUUUUUUUAGAGGGGCAGGACUUUAUAUAGCAGUGACAAGUGAGUCCUCAGUGAGUAAAAAUGUGACAGGAGCAAAAAACAGGCAGAAACUGCUUGGAGUUCAGAUGGUUAGGAUAAAAUGUGAUUAUUUUUGUUCAAAAACUUCUAAAUAUGUAACUUUGAUAUGCAGACCUGACUUUUUCAGGGUGAAAUAAAUGACUGCAGAGGCACUUCCAAUUUAUGUGGCCAACUUUUUUUGCAAACAGUUAUUUACACACAUCCAGCAGUUAUGGAAGAACAUUAUCAUUCAUUGUGAGCCGUGUUUCUGGUGAAUGUAACCAAUCUUCACUCUCUUUUUGCUCUUUUGAAGUCAUGCUUGCAUUAGCCGGUUGGCCUCAGAUGCUUCAUCCAGGCUUCAUGUUCGCCUGUCAAAUACUGUACAGACUUUACAACCCCCUAACCUCCUCUUUAAGUUGUUUUGGUGUUGCUGAUGAUGCAUGUUUAUGAAUGGGGGAAUACCCAGCAGAAUCACUCCUCGGUUGAAUGCAAAAUCAAAUCAACCCUUUGCUAUAAAGGGUAAAUUCCUUGAUGUAAGCAUGUCUGUCUGAACUGGACCUUUGAUGCUGUUUGAUCAGAUCAGAUGAAAAGAAAUGAGAACAGCCAACUUUGUAGAAUAAAGACUGAAAAAAGUGCUCUAUUAAUAAUUUUGUCUUUCAUCCCUAACUUCAAUGAUAGCAGGGAUUCUGUGUUUGUAGUUUCUAGUUUGUGUAAAGAGCUUAAAAAGUCUAUGAAUGGAGGCUUCAGGAUGAGUCUCUGGGACUCAUUAAGUGCUGUGAAAG